AACUAGUAAGGGCGAGACGGCGAAAGAAAAAAAUAACUAUCACAACGAUUUUAUUGGCGGUACUUUUGGUUACGUCAUUUUCACAGUUGCGAUUCACUAGAAAGAUGAUGAAAGCCCUGAUGAUGGAUGGAGCAGUGCUUAAAGACAUAGAAGAUCAUUCUUCUUAUCCUCCUGUCCUUCAGAAAUCAUCUGAGAUGGAUUUCGACGAGAAGAUUGUYAGCAUUGACGAUGAAUACAAUAAGGAGUACAGMAACGAAGAAGAGGAGGACUGGUUCGAUUACAAUCGUUGGUGGAAAGAGCUGCGGUUGUAUGACGAAAAAAAUGUCUUCAAUACCCGUGAUUUUGGGGUCGCUCCAUAUGAAGUUUGCCAAUACGUUGAAGAUGUCUGCCGAAUCUCUGGGCAAAAGGGUUGGGUGUACAACCCUCACAACAGUCACAUGUAUCCCAAAAACCAACGGCCUGUUGUAGAAUUCUACGGACAUAGAGAUGACCAGGACUACGAAAAUUAUGGAGGAGACGCUAUGUUUUUCGAAGAGUUCGGUGAAUGGAAUGUUGGAUAUUUUGGUACUGGGGACAAAGAGGGCAAAAACGUAUCUUCGCAACACCGAUCCCCACCAAAGUGUUCCUAUAUGCCGGUAACCAAUCAUUUCGUAUUAGUGGCRGAUUAUACCCACAUGCUGGGGGAGUUCUACUCUAGAAUAUACAGUCCGUUAAUCGAGCUCAUUCACUUCCUCGUUACGGUUUCAUCCUCCACACACACGUGGCCCCUGGUAGCUGUGCCCAAAAAUUGGCAUCAUAAAAAGGGAUGGUUAUCUAAGUCUCAAAAGCGGCUGAUUMAAGCAAAUGAGACUUUCAAGGGCGCAUCGACAACCACGACUGCAAAUAAUACCGCCGGAUUGACACUGAUGAAACGAUUUCAAAAACAAUCCAAAUUUUAUCUGUCCGGAGUCGACAACAAAAAGAAAAAAAUGCUUGAAAGCCACCAUGCCCUUCUCGGUUUGAUCAGCGACCAUCCUGCAUCUAUAUCGGAAAAAUUAAACAAUCUCAAGUCGAUGGCGGAGACAUUGCGGGAUCAUCAACGCAAUCGAUCCCGCGUGAAGCACAAAGAGCAACACGAAGAGAGCCAGUGUGCGUGUGUGAAGAGGUUGUUCUUUUGUGGUUAUGAACGGCAAACAGUUUCACCGAAUGGAAAAGAAAUACCGCCGCCAUCACCACAUGUUCCACCUCUCUGGAGGAUUACAAAYACUGGACAGCUGGACGGCAAGUUCGAUUCGGGACAUAUACAGCGGAUCAUCCGGGAGCAAGUGAGCAAGCACGACAGCAUAAAGAAUCUCACCCGAGAAUAUUUGCUGGAGAAAAAAACUCGUUUGAUUGAUGGGUGUAGCGACGAUGAUGAUGAAGAUGUAGAUGACGAGGAGAACGAAAAAGACAGUGACGGAAAACAGGACAAAGACAACGACAAAAAGCAGAAAAAAAAGGCAGAUAUUGAAGGUCUAGAAAAAUGGAUAGAAGAAUAUAGGGARAAGAAAAGACUAAUGGCUUUGGAAGGAAGAAAGACUACAGCGUCGGCAUCCUCUAUCAAUUGGGGCAAUAAGGCAAAAGCGAAGGCUGAACCACCGACAACGAACUCGGGCGCCGUAAAUUGGGGCGACAAGGCAAAACCAAGGAACGAAGARACCAGUCGAAAGAGACUAUUGCAGCUGCUUGGGGGAACAACGACUACGGCACGAAGAAGACUGACCUCGGUCGAAGAAGGAAUCGAGGUUCCGUUGGUCACAGGAAGCGAUGCCAUCGCAACAAGCAACACCACUGCCAAUGUGCUAAACGUUUCGUCGAUAAUGGAAAACGUCACGGACGACGAGUUUGUCAGCGACUGGAAGAUUGUUGGUCUGACGCAACGGUCCGAUCGGCGAACGUGGCUGAACCUCGGGGACGUGAUGAAUGCCUGCCGGGAACGAUUCACGAAUCCCUCCGACAAGAUCGUGUGCRUCCAGAUCGACGUCGGUUCCAGGGAGUUUUGGAACAAGCCMAAUCUGCACAUUGCCRCACACAGCGGCUUGUCCGCCCUGAUGGGCGUCCAUGGCGCCCAGCUGGCCGAGGCGGUCUUCAUGCCGGCGGGGUCACUAGUGGUGGAGUUUCUUCCCUUUGUUCCCGGCGGAAUGAUCUUUGGCGAGUGGACGCGGUGGGCACACGACGCGACGCCGCUCGGGAAAAUAUUUUCCCACACGGAYCUGGACCACAUCGGGCUGCCGCUGACCAUUGCGUCCGCGAUGCACCUCGAGUGCAUUGCGAGCGAGAAGGCAAGCGAGCACUUCAGCACAAAAAGAUUGUACGACUGUCUCGACUACGACAAMAAUCCCUGGGACGACCGGCACUUUACGGUUCCGGUGGACUCGAUCAUGGACAUAAUCGAUAAGUUUGUCGCAAACGGCACACCUUCAAAAGAGGAAGGAAGGCCGGCACCGUCGAAAGCGGCAGUGUCCGGCCCCGGGCAAUCGCUGCCACUGCGGUAUUGCGAGGASUUUCUAAACGCCGCUGGCGACGACUAUGUCUUGUACAACGUGAAUUGUGUACCGGCGUCCAAGUCAGCGACAGAUAGCCGUUCCCCGCAUCAUUACUACCGGACAAGGGAAUGGUUGGAAGAGAAGACUCAUUCGUACAUGAAUUCUUCCUCCUUGUUAUUUAACACGUAAAUAUUAGUCGCAAAUACAUCAAAGACACACUG